CGACUAUGUAAAAAUCGAGUGGAAAAUUUUCGAUACAUCGAAGCAAAACAUCGAUAUUUUCGAUGCAUCGAUGUUUUUUCAAAAUCCUUACAUUUAAAACCCUUUGAGAAAAAAACACGCUUGUGGGAAAUCAAAUUUCUGCCCGCAUAGUAAACAAAACUUCGAUUGUUAUUAAUUACAAAUAACAAUGGCUACAACUGAUGAGAAAGUAGAUGCCAAGCCCAACAUACUAAUUACAGGAACACCUGGUGCAGGAAAGUCUUACUUAUGCGAAAGAAUAGCCGAGCAAUUAAAACUCAAUUGGCUAGAUUGCUCCAAAAUUGCGAAGGAAAACGAUUUUGUUGAGGAGUACGAUGAUGAAUACGAAUGUCCUCUACUGGAUGAGGACAAGCUUAUGGAUUACAUGGAACCUUUCAUGCAGCAGGCUGGCAAUAUUGUCGAAUACCAUGGCUGUGAUUUCUUUCCAGAACGUUGGUUCCAAGCUAUUUUUGUUAUAACUUGCUCGAACACACAGCUUUUUGAUCGACUAAAAGAGCGCGGAUACAAUGAAAAGAAACUUAAAUCUAAUCUUGAAUGUGAAAUUUUCGGCACAGUGCUGGAAGAGGCUCGUGAAUCUUAUAAACCAGAGAUUGUUUUUGAAUUAAAAGGAGAUACUAAACUGGAUGCUGAACAAAGUUUGAAAACUAUUAAGAAUUGGUACAAAGCAUGGAAGCGGAAGUAGUUUGUUGUUGUAGUACACACGCACAAUUGAUUAUACGAAUUAUUUUUAGGAGAAUAAUAAACGUUUGUAUCUACAUACAGUGCCCGGCAAAAGUA